AUGGAAAACAGGAUUAACACUUUGCCUGAUGCUGUUCUCUGUCACAUUCUCUCUUUUCUGCCAACCAGAGAAGCUAUCACUACGAGCGUUCUCUCCAAAAGGUGGAAACCUCUCUGGCUCUCUGUCCCCACUCUCGAUUUUGAUGACUGUCGCGAUAUUAAAAACCACGAGGAGUAUUCUCGCUUUGUUCAAUUAGUGUACGCAGUUAUCUUAUCGCGAGAACUGCACCAACCUAUCAAAGAAUUUUUCCUCACUUGUUGGUCUUAUGAUUGUGAAGACACCAAUGUCAAUAUAUGGGUUACUGCAGCACUGAGACGUAGAAUUGAGUACCUCGAACUUUGUUUGCGUUCUACUAUCAGUUUUCCGUCUUCGAUUCUCAGCAGCAGAACUCUCGUGGUUCUCAAUUUGAUAGGAUCAGCUGUGAGAUCUCUUUCGCGUGUUGAUUUUCCCGCUCUUAAAAUCUUGCAUUUUAACUUCGUUCGUUUCUUGGAACGGAGAUAUCUGGCUGAGUUUCUUUCUGGCUGUCCAGUUCUUGAGGAUUUGGAAACAAAUGGUUUGUAUUUUAGUAAUAACCUUUUAAAUGUGGGAGAGUGUAAAAGCUUAUCCAAGUUGGUCAGAGCGUAUAUUUCUAAAACUCAUAUUCCGUUGGAAGCUGUUAAUAAUGUAGAGUCUCUCCGCAUAGAUUGGCUUGAUGAUGUUAAUGAUAAGGACAUGACCCCCAGCAUCAAGUUUCUUAUUCCUGAAUUUUAUAAUUUAACACAUAUCGAACUCACCUAUUUUUAUUUUAAUAUGAAUUGGGUUGAGUUAGUUGAAGUGCUCAAGCAUUGCCCCCUGCUUCAGGUUCUUAUCAUUAAUCAGAAUCGUGAUUUUGUAGUUGAAUCCAAUGGAGGAGAUUGGCCAUACCCACAAUCCGUUCCUAAAUCCAUUUCAUUACACCUUCAAACAUGUCGUCUUAAUAAUUAUAGAGGCUCUAAUGGUGAGUUUCGAUUUGCAAGAUAUAUUAUGCAAAAUGCAAGACUUUUACGGACCAUGACAAUAUGCCUUAGCAAAUACGCAAAUCUAAGGGAAAAGAUGGAGAUGAUCAAAAACUUAUCCAUGUGCACAAGGGGCUCUGAAACUUGUGAACUUCAUGUAAAUGAAACCGUAACAGAUGGGAUUUGA